GUUAAUAAAAUAAAAUUUCCAUGUCCUAAUCAUAAGACAGUGGAGUAAAAUAAAUAUCCAAUCAAAGAUGAGUGGGCUACGAGUAAUCAUUGUAGGAGUCUUCGUUGGACUGAUUAUAAUGUUAACCACGAAUCUGGAUGUCAUCCGCUUGAAAAUGUCAACAAAAGACUCGGUGGUAAUAGAAAGAUUUCGAACACGGAGGGCUAUUGGACACAAACCUCCUUUGGUAUUUGGAGAAUGCGGAGGAAGCUCAUACGGAAGAUUUGGUUGGUUGGCAUCACCUAACUUUCCAGGAAGUACAUAUCCGGCAUUAUCAAGCUGCAAUUGGACAGUCUCAGUUUACCCCAGAAUGGUCAUUCGGUUUGACUUCGUAUUUAUGGACAUGGAAGACGCCCCGGUUCAAAAGAGAGGAAGCUGUUAUGCAGAUUAUAUCAUGUUGAGAGAAGGACCAAACGAGGGAGAUCCUUUAGUUGGGGAUCAAAGGUUUUGUGGAUUUGACACAAAAUUCAAUUCAGUUUAUUCAAAAUCGAAUAAAGUUUGGGCUUAUUUUGCUUCCGAUGGAGACAUAGAGGGAGAAGGAUUUGCCGUGAGAUGGACAGCAGUUGAACCACCAACAAUUCAAUUUAAUUGUGAUUUUGAAUCGAUAAAUGAUCUAUGUAUGGGUUGGGAACAAAGUACGGAAGAUCAAUUCGAUUGGGUAACUCACCAUGGACUGACCCAGUCCGGAAAAACCACGGAGACCGGACCAACAAGAGACCACACACUUAAUAGCGCCCUUGGAACAUAUGCAUACAUUGAAGCAUCGGGUCGUAGAAAAGGCGAAAAAGCGAUUUUAAUGAGUCCACCGAUACGAAUCCGAAAUCCAAUCCAAUGCUUCAAAUUCUGGUAUCAUAUGAGAGGCGAUACAAUGGGAAUACUGAAGGUAUACAUGAAACAAGUUAUUCCAGAUGUCAGCAACACUACUGCUGAACUCAUAUUCAACAAAACUGGUGAUUUUGGGGAUAGAUGGAAACGAUCAUUUAUAAAUGUAACGUCUUCACCACACAGAGUACAGUUUCUCUUUGAAGGAAUUCGAGGUUCAAGUUACAAAGGAGACAUGGCCAUUGACGAUAUUUCUAUAACACGCACUCCAUGUCCAGCCCCUGUAAUAAGAACCACUACUACUACAACAACAACCAUAGCAACAACGACCACUAGAAAGCCAAGAACUAAAAAGGUUCGCAGGCCUAAACCAACUGCGACGAAGAAACCACGGAGAACAACAACUCAACGGCCUCGACCAACCAGACGACGGCCACGACCCAUAACAACAACCCCUCCAUCAAAAAAAUGUGCUGGACAAUACGAAUGUUUAAUUGUUGGUAACUGUAUUCCGCUGAGUUACUUCUGUGACGGUGUCCCGGAUUGCUUACAAAAGGAAGACGAAGCAAAUUGUACCACGUCCGCCGCGACAACUACUGCCGUACCGUUGAAUGCCUGGAACCAAUGGGGACCGUGGACAGCAUGUGCGGUAACCUGCGGCGGGGGAUCUAUAGAACGGACGAGAACAUGCAAUAGUGCACAGCAGGAUGACUUUGACGCUUGCGAUGGAAGUUCGAUGGAAGCGAUGGAAUGCAAUACACGAAUUUGCCUGAGUUGGAACGAAUGGCAAAACUGGGGAAGUUGUACAAAUCUUGUGACUCGGGAAUUCAGACAAGAAGUAGAGAAUGCAAUGGUGGAGAACAGGGACAGAUUGGGGAUUCAGGCUGUGAUGGCAACAGCACAGAAACGAAAGAAUGUAUUCGUCCCAAUACCCCAGCAUGUCCAGAAUGGACCGACUGGGAUUUAUUUGGCCAAUGUAGCGUUUCAUGUGGAGGAGGAAAAAAGACUAGACUCCGAUAUUGUCGACAGGAAGACAAAAAAGGAGAAGGAUGUCCAGGAAGUUCGACGGAUACAGAAGACUGUAAUUCACAAAAAUGCCCAGCUACAAAAAUGCAAAGCUGCAAGAAAUUUAACUGUGCAAUUGUUCGGUUCAGAAUGGGCUGAUUGGGCCCCAUAUAGUCGAUGCAGUUUGUCUUGUGGAGGUGGUUACCAUGGAAGAAGAAGACAGUGUAUGUUGAGCGGUACAUUAGCUAACGGGUGUUCUGGUAACUCCAUUGAAAGUGGAUUGUGCAACCAACAACCGUGCCCUGUAAUGCUCAUGUUUAGUUAUAGUUCUAGUUUAGGCCCCAACAUGAGGUUUCCAAAUUUACUCUUUUUGAGUACGUUUAUUUACUUAUUUGCACCAUCUAUGAGUGCUUGGAGUGAUUGGGGUAAGUGUAGUGCCUCAUGUGGAGCAGGCGUAAGAACACGAAGAAGAAAAUGUGAGGACAAUGAACUCGAAUGUGAUCCCGGAACCUUUGUUAAAGAAACGAAAGAAUGCUACACACCGCCAUGUGGAGCUUUAUCUUGCUACGAAGGAAUGUCAUCUAUGACUGGAGGUAUCGAGGUUGUCAACAAUUUUAAAUUGAGGGAAUGUCCCGAAAUUACUUUAGCUCCAAAAUCUAGAGAUGGAUCUGGACGUAAAGGUCUUCAAUGUUCCAUGACAACUCUGAAAGUGAAUCAUGCAGGAGUUGAGGUUAACAUGCUCCAAGGAACAUGUUUGAACGACGAAUUAUGUUCAACAAUGAAUUGCAAUCGGUAUUCAAAAAUGAUGAAACAAUACAACAUCAUAUCUUGCGAGACAAAAUGUUGUAAACGAGAUGGAUGCAAUGACCCAGAUCGUUUUAAAUCAGAUGUUGGUGAUCCCAAGGAUCCGGACCCGUGCGAAAUAUCAGCGUGUCAGAACGGAGGAUCGUGCAUAACAAUUAGAGGAGCUGGAGGUCUUCCUGAUUAUGUUUGUGCCUGCCCAAGUGGAUUCAGAGGGAAAAAUUGUACCGAAGCUGCAGCAAGAGUUUGCUACACCGGUGUAUCCACGAGAAACGCAGUUGAACCAAGCAACGCUCUCAUGCUUCCAACAUCAUGUGCAUCGUCAGCUGAUUCCUGCAUGAUUGCUACAGUUAUGACUAAUGUUGGCGGAUUGGCAGCAUACGUUGAUACUGCACAGUGCGCCAAUGGAGCCAUUUGUAAAGGACUUACGUGUGAUACUUUGAAGAAGACGAUGCCAAAUUUCAACGUAGUCGACUGUAAAAUUAUAUGCUGUGACACAGAUCUAUGUAAUACUGCUCCGAUGGACUUACCAGUCUUUACAACAACUCCGUACACGACGACAAAACGGCCAAAAACAACACGGAAACCCAGAACAAAGCCACCACGAAGAACCAGAAAACCAAAAACACCAAAACCAUCCAAACGACCACAACGUACCACGACACCCAAGACAACAACAAAGCCGACACCAACUACCACAGUCGACACAUCAGGACCACAUUGGAGUCAAUGGCAAGAUUGGCAGAGAUGUACCCACAGCUGUGGUUCAGAUGGAAUAAAACAAAGAUUUCGUUUCUGCAUGAAAGGAGCACCAGGAAUGGCAGGUUGCAUGCCAAAAGAAGGAAUGAUUGAAAAGGAACCAUGCAAUACAGAAAAAUCUUGUAUAAAUUGGAGAGAAUGGAACAGUUGGCAAUCUUGUUCUCGUUCAUGCGGAGGUGGGAAACAAGAGAGAAGAAGAUCGUGUGAUGGUGGGGCUCCGAACAGUGGAAACUGUAUGGGAAACGAUUUGGAAGAACAACAAUGUAAUCAACAUUCUUGCGACGGUCCACCACCAACUACGACAACCACAACAACAACAACAACAACAACUACCACUACUACACCAACUACCACCGCGACUACAACAACGCAAGCAGCAGCUAAGCCAAAACGAGCAAGGUGGGAGAAAUGGAGUGAUUGGGAUACGUGCAGCGUAACUUGCGGUCAAGGUACGCAAGAAAGAUCUCGUUCCUGUAUUGGAGGAAGACUUGGAAGACGAGGUUGCAGAGGCGGUGCCAAACAGAAAAGAGAUUGCAACGAUGGCGAUUGUGUGACAACAACUGAAGCUACCAUCCCAGCCUCGACUGCAAAGCCAAAAGCUCGUUGGGGUGACUGGGGCGAUUGGGAAACAUGCAGUGUUACAUGUGGUAAGGGUACGACUAAAAGAUCGCGUGCCUGCAUGCAUGGUAAAAUUGGAAGAAAGGGAUGCAGAGGCAAAAGGAAUGAAAAGAAAUCUUGCGAUAAAGGACUGUGUCUCGUUUUAACUACGACUUCGGCUGCACCCAGUACCGAGGUACAAUGUAUGAAGCGCGACACGAAGGCAUCCAGAAGAAAUGGCCGUCGAUGUCCAUUUGAAUGUUCUGCCGAUAGCAAUUGUGAUGAUGGAGAGAAAUGCGUUUGUGAUGGACUUUGUGGCAAAACUUGUCAAGAUACCACGCGGAAAUGUAUAAAUAUUCUUUCUGUCGAAGAAGACGGUACUAAAGUAUCUUGCUCAAACGGAAUAUUUGUUGGAUCAAAAUGUACAUUUUCGUGUGAAAGAGGAUAUGAAUUGAAAAAUGGUCCUGAUGUUUAUUGCCAAGGAUCGACAAAAUGGACGAAUCAAAGAAAAAUACCAAAAUGUGUUUCCUCUGGACCUAUACCAGAAACGACAACCUCUGCUUUUAUUGCUGCAAUUACAACUGCUUCACCUAUUUCUCCAGCCCAAAAAUGCACUUUCAAAAACGAUGCACAAGAUUCUUGCUGCGGAAAAAUUCCACAUAUUUCUAAGAAAACUCGAUGUUGUAAUGGGAAAGUUCGUCCUGCAGGACCAAGCAUGACGGACUGCUGUGGUACCAGACCAUACAACCCUAAAAAAUCAGGAUGCUGCGUAAAAAGUUUAUAUAAGAAAUCCAACCAGAAAUGUGAAGAUGGCAAAGUGGUGAAGAAAUAAUAUAGUUCCAGUUCGCAGAUUUUUCUACCGGCAUCAUGCUUAGACAAUUUAUUGUCAACCUGUUAUCCACACUGUUUACAAAUGUACCUUUUAUGUAUUUUAUAAACAUCUAUACGGAAAAUGAGCAUUAAUCUUUUUAUUUUUGAAAUUUCGAACCUAACAUUCUGAAUCUACUGAUGGUAAUUAACGCAACAUGCAAAUGCCAUUUCAAAUGCUACGGUCGAUAGCCUGGACAGCGGUCUGGAAAAGUCAUUCUACACCAAAGUAGACAAUAAUAUCAUGUUUAUCAUACUAAAUUAAUUGUACUAAUUAAUUUUUCACUCGUUGCAUAGUUACAAUUGAAAAAAAAAUAUCAAAUUGAAUUAUGUAUUAAGAAUAACUUUAUUUUCAAGCUUCAACCGCCAAUAGUUGGACUUGUUUAAAUAAACAAUACUUUCCUAACGCA